AUGGCGAUCUCUCAAUAUUCUAGAACUGUUGUUGCACGCCCUUUAGACAUUGUCCACUCUGCUGGACCGAUGACUGGAGCAGUUGCUUCUUACAGACUUGAUUGGUGGGAUCCUGUUGGAGUCUCUCAUAGGAUUCCCCAAUUUCUGCUGAGAAAUGCUUUGGGCCCAGAUGGCUCUAAUGCUGUUGUAUCAAAUGCCUGCGUCCCAGCAAGUGCCCCUCACAGUACCUACUGUUUCCCUCCGCUAUUCAUCCAAAUAAUUCAAUCCAUCCACCGCCAUCAUUACCUUGAUAGUGAUUAA